CUGGUGGUGGUGGCAUUGGUGCAGCUGGUACUGGUGCUACUGGUGGUGGUGGUGGUGGUGCUGCUGCUGCUGGAGGUUCAGCCAGUGGCAGUGACCUGGGCCCCGCUGCUCCGUGGGGCUCAGUUCCUCUGUUGUCCGCCUGCGCCCACAAGCAUCUGCCGAGCCCAGUGGCAAGGCAAGGUGGUACAGGGCCCUGUUCUUCUGAAACAUGAAGAAGAUCCAGCGGCUGCUACGGAGGCUGAGGAGCAAUACCAGGAAUGAGCUCUGGGCACAGCACAUGGACUUGCCGCACCCCGCGGCCGCCUGUGGCGACUCAGCCCUAGUGCAGCUACAGGCAAAGGAGCAUGGCAUCAUCCAGCAGGACAAGGACAACGGGCACAGCCCUUGUGUGCAACCCGUGGGCUGCAGAGAGCAGGAAAAUGAGAGAGAAGCUGCUCCAUGCAGUGAGAAAGGGACACCAGCAUCCAGCGCUGGCCACGGGGCAGGAGCUGCUGAAGCCAGACAAUGUGCACCCACUCUGGAGAGAGCAGAUGAGCCUGCUGUACACUCAGAGCCUGCUGUCUCUAAGUCGCCAUCAAAUGAAGAAGAGGCUGUCCAGCAUAGUAGCAAAAGCUCUGGGAGCAAGGACACAGAAAGAACAGUGGAGCCAAAGUCUGACUUGCUUGUUUUCUCCCCGAGCCCUGGAAUUCAUCAGACAUCCGAAAGUGCUUCUGAGCAAAUGUUUCAGAGAGAACGUGAGCAAUGGCUGCGUUUGCAAGAAAAACUCUAUCUCAACAUCUCUGAGAUGCAAGAAAGCAACAAGAGCUUGUCUCAGCAGCUGAGCAAAGCUGAAAGAAAAGCUAGUAGGCUUGAGAAGGAAGUUGAGCAAUUGAAAGAAAUGCUCCAGGAGAAGACAUUGUUUUUAAAAACAACAGAACGAAUAUUACAGCAGGUCAGGAAGGAAGCAAAGAAAUGUCAUGCUCUAUGCCCUCAGAAAGCUCAAGUGAAAAAAGAGGCUGCAGAGAAGGAAGUUCUGCAGGAACAACUGGCCCAGCUCCAAAGCAAAAACCUUUCACUCUGUCAGCAGCUGGAAGACAUGCAGAACAAGGCCGUCCAAGAAAGAAUGAGAGCAGUCAGACAGCUGCAAGAAAAACUUGCCGAUGCUUGCAAAGCGCAGUGGGAGGUAGAAACGUCGCUGCACGUUUCUACGAACAUAUGCCGUUACCUGAAGGAAGAAAACUCGAAAUUGCAAGAGGACUUGGACAAGGCUAAUGCUAAGGGGCGUGAUCUUUCUGUGCAGCUGGAAAUGGAGCACGAACAGUUGCUGCAGACUGAAAUGGAAAAACAGAAGCUGCAAGAGCUGGUGGCUUCCCUCAAGCUUCGCUUAGAGACUGCUAGGGUGGAUAACAGCACAUGGUCUCAAAGACAGAGUGAAGAAAGAGUCCGAGAAGAAAUGAAACAGAAGCAAGAACUCAAUCUCCUUUUUCAGGCAGUCUCUCAAGCCAAAUUAGAGCAAAUCAGCAGCCAAGAAAUGGCUGUUAGAAAGUAUCAGGAACAGCAAAUUGCAGCUCUGGAAUCAGAAUUGGAGAGAACACAAAGCUUGCAGCAGGAGACCGCACUGCAACUAGCAUAUGCACAAGCAGAAAUAGACAGGUCAAACAAACAGUAUUUGUUGGGGCAGGAUAGUAGAAGAUGCCUCACAAAUAAUUUAAAUAGUCACCAGUGAGCAUGAACUCGGAUCUGCUGGGACUUCUCAGAUAACUCCUGGCAGAUCUUUAAAAGUAAACCAAGUCCAGGUUGCCCCUUUCAACACAACAGAGUUAUACCCCAAUGAUUUGAAUAAAAAAAAUUUAAA